GUACCUGUCCACGUAUUGUAGAAAUUUUAGCUCUUAAUAUAGCAGUCUAAUGAGAGCCAGCAGUGUCUAGAGAAACUUCCUGGAAGCUUGCUGUAGCACAAAGAGGGAAGAAGUACAAAAGGAAGAGGAAGAGUCAGAGCAGAAACAUUCAGCAGAGACCACUGUGGAGAGAAGAGAGCAGCAGAAUAAGGUAAGAAGAGGAAUAGAGACAGACUGUACCAACCACUGAAUCAGGAUGUUGGUUCUCAUCUGGGCAACUCUACUCUUCUCUGUGAGAGACACAGGUGCAUCAGUGGAGGGAACACCAUUCUGUGAUAAAGGAUUCUGUAUCACUCUCAGUAAAGGAGAAAUAACGGCAGAGGCUGGACUCUGUGUUGUGAUACCGUGUUCUUUCAACACCAGUGAUGGCUUUACGCCCCAACAUAUAGUUUGGUACAAAUGUGAACCAUCCAAACAAAAAUGUACUGAUUCAGACAUCAUAUUCCACACUAACAAGAGCAACAACAAAAUUCAACCUGGGUUUAAAAGACGAGUGUCACUGUUGGAGCCUGAUGUGAGUCAGAGGAACUGCAGCAUCAUCGUCAAUGACAUCACUGAGUCAGACUCUGGAUCAUAUCAGCUCAGAGUUAUUAGUUUACUACAUAGGAAGACAGAUGGAUUUACAUUCUCUCCAAGAACAAAUGUUUCUGUUAAAGAUCUGACCCAGAAGCCCACCGUGAUGAUUCUUCCUCUGACAGAGGGACAGCAGAGCUCACUGAGCUGCACUGCUCCUGGUUUCUGCUCUGGAUCUGAUCCUGAAAUCACCUGGACGUGGAGAGGAGCAGGAGAGAAGGACUCUCACAUCGCAGGAAACAUCACUGAUUUCAGGACUAAGAAUCUGACUGCUGACACUCAGAGUCACAGCUCAACCCUGACCUUCAACUCUUCAGCUGAACACCAUGGCACCAAUGUCAGCUGUAAGGUCAGCUUCCCAAACAACAUCACUACAGAGGAGACUGUGACUCUGAAUGUGGUCUAUGGGAAGGAAGUUAAAAUCACUGGUAAUACAAGUGUGAAGGAGGGUGAAACUCUGAUUCUGACCUGUAGUGUUGAAAGUUUCCCUCCAUCUCUAAUCACCUGGACAAAACUCAGCUUGAACAGAACCCUGAACAAUGACACUGGAACAGCCACACUUGUCAUCCCUAACGUGACGGCAGAAUAUUCUGGACAGUACAUAUGCACAGCAAAACAUCAGGUCAACCGUAUGAUGAAAGAAGUAAACAUAAGAGUGAAAUUUUUUCCAAGGAUCCUAAGCAGCUCUGGUUGUGAGGUUCAGUCGGGGGUCCUAACCUGUGUUUGCAUCAGUGAGGGGAUUCCUUUGCCCACAAUCCAAUGGCCUCUGUUGAAGAACCAUGCUGAGUACUCUAUUAUGACCAAUAUGUCACACCACACAGUGAAUAUCAGCCUUUCUGUAUCUUUCAAAGAUAACAACUACACCACUGUUGAUUGUGUCAGCAUCAGUGACGUUGGGGAAGAUAAAAAGAACCUUACGAUAAAAAAGGGUAAGCGUUACAAAUUUAAAUACCUCUCCAACUCUAGACCACUGGUCUAAGACAUCCUUGCCUCA